AUGAGCUUCUCGUUCAUGAAUCUUUCCGUGCUUCAUCGAGCUACAAUCGUCUCGGUUCUUAUCCUACUGUUUGGUCUUCUCUUUGGUCUUGUCUUAGACGCCAAUGCUCAUAUCCCUAAACCCUGGAACCGAAUUUCCAGUAUCAUUGGCUGGAUCUACUUUUUCUGCUGGAGUGUGAGUUUCUAUCCUCAAGUAUUUCUAAACCGUCAAAGACAAAGUGUCGUUGGGUUGUCAUUGGACUAUACAGUACUCAACAUGUUAGGGUUUACCUGCUACUCUAUCUUCAACGUCGCCUUUUACUAUAGUGAGAGUGUACAAGAACAGUACAUGCGACGUCACGACGGACACCGCAAUGCUGUCGAGCUCAAUGACGUUUUCUUUUCUCUUCAUGCAGUUUUCCUAGUUGCUGUAUCCCUAUUUCAAUGCACCAUUUACCCUCGUGGUGGACAAACCGUUAGUAAACCAACGAUCCUUUGGACAGGAGGGACACUUGUCGUUGCAAUGCUCUUUGCUUUUGCGGUCGCAGUCUCAGGCAAUAAUGAAGACUCAGCAAUUAAUACACUUAAUCUAUUGUAUUUACUAAGCUACGUGAAACUCGUAACGACGCUGGUCAAGUGUCUUCCCCAGAUUGCACUCAACUACCAGCGCAAAUCGACAAUCGGGUGGACUAUUUGGAACGUUCUCUUGGACAUUGCUGGCGGAUUGCUGUCAAUCGGACAACAAGUGCUUGAUGCAGUGGCAACGAACGACUGGACCGCUAUGACGGGGGACCCAGUCAAGUUCUCGCUCGGGUUUGUGAGCAUUAUCGUGGAUGUCGUGUUCAUGUUGCAACAUUACGUGCUGUACGCCGAGAACAAUCAUUGUGUUCUCGAAGAGGCCAGACCUUUCUUGCCCAAGUAA